CAAUUCUUUUCAAUUUUUAUUUGAAGUAUGAACUAUAUUAGCUUGUUAAAAACGUAUGCAAUCUUGAAAUUUGGUGCCAUAUGAUUGAUGGUAUCAUGUAUGUCAGCUGAUCUUGCAAGAUCUGGAAAAGAUCUUUGGCUGCUUGCCCAUAAGUAACCAUUUUAUGCUUUCUUGUUGUCUUGGGGCUAUAUUCUCAGGGUUCAUGAACUGAUAAUUAUGUUAUUGAAUUAAUGAAAAGGUUUGAAGUUUCACCAGCAGUUUUUGGAAUCUGUAGAAUUUGGUUCGAGUUCGCUUGUCCUAUCCUAUUUUUCUUUCUUUCAGCUUCAUUUUCCUUUGGAUUUCUUAGCGGAGAAAAGAGGGAAAGAAAAUCAGCUCCACAGUCCUCACAGACAGCAAAAAUUGUAUUAAAAAAAACACAUCUAUUCAAUGCUUAUUCUUUUUUAAGUAAUUUAAAACAUUCAAUCUUCAAGACAGAAAAGGUAGGGAUAGACAAUGGAAGGAAACGUUGCUCUCUGUGUUUUUGAUAAUUCCUACCAUGCCAACCUAUAUCUUGACCAUUUGCACUGUUUUUUUAUUUUUUUUUAUCUUUCAAUUUAAUCGUAUGUUUUCAAUUUUUAUAAUAACUAUUUCAAAAGUCGUACUAUGAUAUGUUGUUGAUUGACAGUGUAUAGAAAAUCAAUUUAAUACUUCAAAACAUGAGAUGUAAGGUUUACUACUAGAGAGUGUCCUUUUGCGAAAGUGGCGAAAUUGAGCAACCAUUCUAUUUUAACUUCUCUAACAAUCACAGUAGCAGUGUGCAGUUACAGUCGUAGAAUGGGAGAACUGAAGCUACUGGGAGUUUGGCCUAGUCCAUACGUUUACAGGAUCAUAUGGGCGUUAGAACUGAAGGGCAUAAAGUAUGAGCAUGUACAAGGAGAAUUCCACAACCCUGAUUUCAGUGAUUUGCUACUGAAGUAUAACCCAGUUUACAAAAAGGUUCCUGUCCUUGUUGUUGAUGGAAAGCCAAUUGCAGAAUCCGCUGUCAUUCUUGAAUACAUAGAGGAAACAUGGCCACAGCCACCCAUGCUUCCACAGGACCCAUAUGAGAGGGCCGUGGCACGGUUUUGGAGUACUUCGUUUAUGUCAUUCUUUGUGGCUGUUGGAGAAGAGUUUCAGAAGGCAACAAAGGAAGUAAGAGAAGUGCUUAAAGUAUUAGAAGAAACCAUUGGGGACAAAAAGUAUUUUGGUGGUGAAGAAAUUGGAGUUUUGGACAUAACCUUGGGAUGGAUACCCUUGUUCUUUGGAGUCAUUGAAGAUAUUGUUGGUGUAAAGGUGUUGGUAGUUGAUGAUUUUCCUCGCUUGUUUACUUGGAUUCGGAACUUCAGUGAGCACCCCUCUAUCAGAACGAACUUUCCAAGUCACCAUGAGUUGUUUGGUUAUUACAAGCAAAAGAGAGACACUAUUAUUCCACCCAAUACAGCAUGAAUGCAGGCAUGAACUGAUUUGUAUCUAUACGAUAUAUUAUAUUAGUAAACUUCCUUGUGCUUGGAUGAUUGAAUUAGACUGAUAAUUUUAUUUCGAGGAUCCAACUUCACAUUUCAA